AUGAUCACAAGUCGACUUCAGGUCUCACUGCUUGUUCUACUCCUCUCCGUCACCUCGACGCUAUCACUCGUCGUCCCUCCAAUCGACAGCAACUCAGGAAUAACACGUUCAUCUUCAUCGUCGUCAUCAUCCUCGCCCAACGACCUCACCAGACUCCACCAACUCAACAAACAGGCAUCAAGUCUAGUAUGCCACGAAACCAACCAACGCAUGUCGUGCUACGGCAGCGUCCCCGUGGGUGGGGCAACCUGCAACAGCAUAUGUACGUGCGAGAACGGCCGGAUCUCAUGUCCCGCGUAUAAAUACUGCGACGACUCGACCAUGGACAUUUUCUGCGGAGGGCUGUGCGCGUGCAAUGCGAAUACGUCGGCCAAGCUACGGUCCAGCAGCGACGAACGCGUCGGGGGUCAGGUCAUGAUCAGCGGUCACCGAUACCAAGCACCAUCCGCGCCGCGGCGGCACUACGAGGAAGACGACGAGGAAGACGACGAGGAAGACGACGAAGCUAGAGCAAAGCGUCGUGCGAAGCGCGCCUUUGGGAUCUCAACUUCUGGCGCUGGUGACCUGGUUUGA